UGUGCAGACUCAUCCCGGGGGCUGGUGCAUCGGGAGAGGCCACUGUCUCCCCUCCCUUCCAAUGCCACAACAGUCCCACUUUUGGAGACGUGAGCCGGACGCAUCGGACAUCCGGAACCCCCAUCUGCCCCCACCCUCCCUCUCUUCUUUCUCUUUUUUUCUCCCACCUCGUCCUCUUUCAGUCCAGGUGGCGGAACGCACAUCGGCCGAGGGAUGCAGCCUCUCAUCUCCAGCACAUGGACAGCGGAGCUUGGAGCUGCCGCAGAGCGCUCCGUUAGCUAAAGAAAACCAAGACACAUCUGCUCGCUUUGGACUCCAGAUAAAAGGAUAUAUUUGUUCCCACUUCUGUUUUUUUCCCCAUCUUUUUUUGUUUUUUUAAGAGCGCAAAUCAAGUUGUGUUCAAUGCGCAACCAUGCUUAUCGUCUCGUCUCGCAGUGCGCUGCUGUCCGUCUACUACCCACAGAUCUUCCUCAUCCUCACCAGCGGUAGCUACCUGGCGUUGUCCUCUGUGGUAGCUCUGGGUGCAAACAUCAUCUGCAACAAGAUCCCGGGUCUGGCCCCCCGUCAGAGAGCCCUCUGUCAGAGCCGACCAGACGCCAUCAUCGUCAUCGGCGAAGGCGCCCAGCUGGGUAUCAACGAGUGUCAGUACCAGUUCCGCUAUGGUCGCUGGAACUGCUCGGCCCUGGGGGAGAGGACCGUAUUUGGACAAGAGCUGAGAGUAGGCAGCAGGGAAGCAGCGUUCACUUAUGCCAUCACUGCAGCUGGAGUCGCCCAUGCAGUGACGGCAGCCUGCAGCCAAGGCAACCUGAGCCAGUGCGGCUGCGACCGCGAGAAGCAGGGCUACCACGACCAGGAGGAGGGCUGGAAAUGGGGAGGCUGCUCGGCCGACGUUAAGUACGGCGUGGAGUUCUCACGGCGCUUCGUUGACGCCCGCGAGAUCAAGAAAAACGCCCGGAGACUCAUGAACCUGCACAACAAUGAGGCAGGGCGGAAGAUCCUGGAGGAGAGAAUGAAGCUGGAGUGCAAGUGUCAUGGCGUCUCUGGUUCCUGCACCACUAAGACCUGCUGGAUCACGCUGCCCAAUUUCAGAGAGAUCGGCUACCUGCUGAAGGAACGCUACAGCGAAGCGGUUCAGGUAGAGCCGGUGAGGGCGUCACGGCUCCGCCAACCCUCCUUCCUGCGACUCAAAGAGGCUCAGGGCUACCAGAAGCCCACGGACACGGACCUGGUGUACCUGGAGCGCUCGCCCAACUACUGCGAAGAGGACACGGCCACGGGGAGCACAGGGACUAGAGGCCGGCUGUGCAACGGCACCUCGAGCCACGCGGACGGCUGCAACAUGAUGUGCUGCGGCCGAGGAUACAACACGCACCACUACACAAGGGUCUGGCAAUGCAACUGCAAGUUCCACUGGUGCUGCUUCGUCAAGUGCAACACCUGCAGCGAGAAAUCAGAAGUUUUUACUUGCAAGUAGGAACAAGUAGGAGACAGGGCACUGGGGUAGGAUGGGACAAGGGACGAAGGUAAGGGGACAUGACAAAGUGGAAGCGACGGACUUGGAGGUAUUUAUUACAUUUUGCACAUUUUGACAUCCUAUUUGGAGUUCUUUAAAGAGAGCGACGGAAUAUGAAGUUUGGAGAACAUUGGGAACAUUUAAGAAACAUUUGCUUGCAAACGAAAGUGACAAAGAAGUAGCAGGUGAAAGGAAUUGAAGUUCUUGUUUUGCCUCAUUAUUACGAAGACGACGAUGUAUCUCACAGAUGUUCUGCACAAGAGGAAAAAGGACUAUUGUUGGAGAAAACUUCUUUAACUGGAAAUGCUACCAGAGCAACGUGCUUUAGACUGCCAUGAAAUACGACGGGCGCUCAGCGAGGCCUGAAAGACGGCAGCGGAAUAACUGUACACUCACACUGUAUUCUGUUUGAACACUGAAAAUAAAAUGAGAUUAUUUAUGUAAAAAUAUCUUUCAAACUUUAAAGCCUUAUAGGAUGGAUAGCAAAUUCAACUGCUCUAACAUUUUUCCUCUCUUUUGUAAUCCUCGGUCGCUACUGAUACAUUUUAAAGCGGGCGGUAAAGGUUAUUUUUAGUCACAUUUACAGCCACUAAACAGCAAAUUAUUCUGUUUUGUUGUUGUUUUAGAUCCAUUAUCAGUUAUCAGUGCCAUAUCCUAUAGAUUAAUUCUUUUCUUUUGCACUCACAAGGUCACAUUUUCUUUUUUUAUUUCAUCAGUUAUAUGGGGGGCUGUUCUGACACAUCUUCUCUCAUGGACACGGAGGCCCAGGACCUUUUGUUACGCCGAGAACCAAAGAGGCAGAAAACACACACAUAGUAUUUUAAGCACCCAACUUGUCAGUUUGAACGGCACUUCAUCCUGACUGUGCUCAUUGUUUUGUUUGUGGAGGGCUCUUGACUUCUGAGAAAACCAUGUAAGCCUCACUGGAACUCCAUAGAGGUGCAAUCAGGUUCAGAUGCAUCCAACAUUCCCAUGAGCGGCAGAGACAUGGAAUUCCACAUCAUGGCCUCUGCUUACACAAGGCCUUCCAGCGCGGUUUAGGCCUGCCUGGGUGGAUGGCAUGUGCCCUAACCACACAGAAGGGGGUAUGAGAGGAUCAAAGGCCUCAAAGCUAUUUUUGGACAGCACCCUUAAUGUAUUCAGAAAUGUUUAUUUAGGCUUUAUAUAACUUACAAAACAAUUUGAAGAGUAUAUUUUUAUAUGAGGAACGUGGCACUUUAUGUCAUUUAUAGAUGGAGAAGAGAGUCACUAUUUACAAGUGUUUUCUAACGUCAGUGUAUUCAGAUUUGAAAGCUAUAAAUUAUUUGGAAUUUAUGUCUUUGAUCGAAAAAAAACUGUAAAUAUUCCACAUGUUUUAGCGAAAGUAGACCAGAUUUGUCCACCUUCACACGAUCCUUCACAAUCCAAAGUAGUUCGGAAAAGUUGAGAAAUCUUGUGUAAGCCACUAUUUGAGCAAAUACAUGGAAGUUGUUAAUAGAAAAUACAUUGGAGCCAAAUAAACUAAGUGCGCAGCUUUAGAUCGAGGAGAUUUCUGUGUUUCCACUUGUCUUAAUAGUGCUUUUAGUUAACUAGAGGCAACACACUGUUUCCUAAGUUUCCUUAGUUAUAACUUAAAAUACAGCUUAAUUUAAGUUUCUUUAUUUGUUUUGUGGCCAAAAAAAAUCAAAAAUCAAAGUCUGCAUCACUUACAAACAUGGACAUUUGUAUUUUUUUCUUUUUUUAUCAAUAAAAUUUGAGCAUCC